AUGUGUCGUGCUUUCCUUCACACGUCCCCUCCUCCCCCCCCGCUGUCCCCCCUUCUCCUUUUUGCCUGCUCUCUACAUCCCCCCUUGCCUGCUCCCACCCCCUUCCUCCUCUUGCCUAUUUCCCCCCACCCUCCCCAUUUCGCCCUUUUGCCUGUUCUCUACAUCCCCCCUUGCCUGCUCCCCCCCCUUCCUCCUCUCCCUCUCUCUCUUGCCUGCUUUAAACCUCCCCCCCACCCUUCCCCCUCCCUCCCCACUUCCCUCUUGCCUGCUUCUUCCCCUUCCACUCCCCCCCCGCCCCCCCCUUUUCUUGCCUGCCCCCGCCCUUCCUGUGCACGCUUUCCAGCCAUACCAGUGGGAGGGGCGGCGGUGGGGACAGGGACGUGUGGUGGGUGCGGCAUGGGAGGGGGCGGCUGCGUCAGUUCCCACCUGGGCGGCAGUAGCGGGAAUCUGGGCGGCACUGGGGGCUCAAAUCUGGGCGGCAGUCUGAAUCUGGGCGCCAGUGGGGGUGGCGGUGUGACGAUAGGGAGUUGUGGUGGGUACAGAAUGGUGAAUCUGCAUCUGUCCUCGAUGGUGCUGGCAGCCAAGUCUGCCUUCUUCCGCACGCUCUUCACGUGUGGCUUCAAGGAGACGUGUCAGAACAACCCUGUCGUGCUCAACGUCUCGCCAGAAGAGGAGAACCCAGUGAUCGACCUGCUGCGCUUCAUCUACACGGGCGACAUGCAGGAGGGCAGCAGCGACCCCGAGGACAUCAUCAAGAUGUACCUCGUGGCCGACAAGUUCGGCGUCGCCUCCUGCAUGAAGAUCUGCCUCGAGCGCCUCGUCAACCUCCCCAUGACCGUCCCCACCACCUGCCUCUACAUCUCGCUCCCCGAAUCCAUGCACUCGCACCGGGGGGGGGAGGAGUUUCUGGAGCUGCCGCUGGAGGGCGUGCAGACGCUGCUGGCCAGUGACGAGCUGAAUGUAAGGGACGAGCUCACAGCGUUCCAUGCCAUCGUGGAGUGGCUUCGGCACCACCACGAUGAUUUGGACGACAGAAAGCAAGCAGCAGUGCGUCUAGCGGAGCACGUGCGAUUCCCCCUCAUGACAGGCGACGACCCCGAUGACGUGGCGGGCAGCAGUGCUUCUAGCAGAGCACGUGCGGUUUCCCCUCAUGACGACCUCGAGGACGUGGUGCUCAAGGCACCCGAGGUGGACAGCCCCGAGUGCCAGGCGCUGAUGAGGGAAGCAGCAUGGUUCCGGGCCUACAGCUUGGUGUGUCGCCUGCGCCUCAUGAACGAGACGGCCGCCACGCACAGGCGCUUCUGGCAGCGCCGCUGGAACCGCAACUCCGUGGGCCACGUGUACUUCGAUAUUCACCUGGAGAGGUUUCAGGCGCUGGCAGUGGCAGCGACGGUGGAGUCUGCCACGUUUGGGAUCGGUGGGAAGCGGUUCUACCUGUCAGCCUGGCACGGCAGGUGGGACGAUGGCACGGAAACGCUUGACAUCCACCUGUACCUGGAAAACAGCCACAGCGUGCAGCCGGAGAUCCAGGUGAGCUUCAUAUUCUACGCCAAGCGGUGGCCCGAGGGCCAGUUUGACUACCUGCGGGACCGCAUCACCAAGGGGUUUGGACGCAACGCGAGCAACUGGGGGUACAGCAACAUCCUGGGGCGGCCGUGGGCGGAGGUGGUGCAGGACGAGAGCAAGUACUUAAAGAACGGCGUCAUGUCCGUCUUUGCUGAGGUGCAGAUCCUGGAGGACGCAGGCCGCGGGCCCGUUGUAGGGGGGUGA